UUUGUCAAUUAUUGUUUUGAUUCGGUUUAGUAUUUGGUUAUUUAGUUCUUUAUUUAUACUAUAAAUAGCCAUGUUCGUAUACUAAAAGUCCGGUUUGAAUAAGUAUAACAUGCAGGAUUUUGUAAGGUUUUGCUUCCAAAGAACUUAAAAAAAACAGGUUAAGACGAUAUAUCACCAUGAAUCCCAUGACAAAUGUUAAGAAUGUGUUGAAGUUGAGCGAGAGGGAAUUAACUGGGAACUCUAAGACAUCAUGGCAUGAUCAAUACAAGGACAGUGCCUGGAUAUUUAUUGGCGGUAUGCCUUAUGAUCUGACAGAGGGUGAUGUCAUUUGUGUAUUCUCUCAAUAUGGUGAAAUAGUUAAUAUUAAUUUAGUAAGAGAUAAGGCUACUGGUCGAUCGAGAGGAUUUGCUUUUCUAUGUUAUGAAGAUCAGCGCUCAACUAUUUUAGCUGUGGAUAAUCUCAAUGGAAUUAAGAUUCUUAAUAGGACAAUUCGUGUUGACCAUUGUGAGCAAUAUAGGGCUCCUAAUGCUGAUAUGUCAAAAGUUGAUGAAUUGACAGCUGCCGUGAGGGCUGAAGGGUGUGCUCCUGUAGCACCUAAGUUAGAGGUGGAUACUAAAAUUAUUAAGCAGGAAAAAGAACACAAAGAGAAGAAAAGGAAGCAUAAAGAAAAAAAGAGCAAAAAGAAAAAGAAGAAGAAAAGUAAGAAGUCUGAAAGUGAUAGUGAAUCAAGUGACUAAAUCAUUAAUUAUUGG